GCAUCGUCGUAGCCGGUGCACGCACUGCAGCGCGUCGCUGGUUCGCUCACCAACGUCCGUCACUCCGUCGAGGCAUCCACAGUCGACUACACCUACAAAAUAAUACUACGACUGUACGAGUACGACGACGAGUGACGACCGCAGCACAACCGGACCCACCAUUGCCGCUGCCACCAACUGCAACAGUAGCCAUUUACCUAGUCGCCGCAGCUAUUCCAUCACUCGGCCAUUUUGAUUGUCGUUUUCGCCGCGAUUCGACAGGCCAGUCGUUUAACCAGUGUGUGUGUUCUGCGGCCGUUCAGCGCGCGACGCACUCCGUUACCAAGGGCUCCCGCGGACCAUCGUCAUCGGGCGGUCCGAUAAUAACAGUCACACUGGGACCCAUGUUUUAGCCCCGGUCCGGUUUUGCGUGUGAGCAACGGGCCCUCAGUGCCCUACUAUUGCCGCCUAACCACCAGAGUUCGGCCCCGGUUAAUACAGACACCAUCGGGAAACGUACCCAAGAGGAGCGGUGUAUUUAACGUGCACAAAUGGAAUCAGACAAUUCUACAAAUUCUGAUGACUCGCAAUCAAAUAACUCAAGCCCAUCUGCAUCACCAGAAACUGUAACUAGAGAGCAAUCUGUCAGCGGUUCACCUUCAGCAUCCAGUCAUAAUUCUGCCCCACAAAGCCCCGACAAUAAUAGUUCUGGGUCUCAAAGCAUAGAUAAUGCAAUACAAAGUCCAGAACAGGAUAAUGAUGAUGAUGAAGAUGAUGAUGAUCCUCAGUCACCUGAUAGUUCAUCAUCUAAAUCAAAAAGUCCUAUUGUCGAACCUUGUAGUCCUGAACAUCAACAAAAUGAUGAGCCACAAAGUCCAAGUUCAGAAUCUAGUUCAUCGAGUCGUGUAUCUUCUACAGCUGGUUCUCCUGACAGAAAUAGCCAUUCUCGACCGUCAUCCAAAGUAUCUUCAAGAAGCAAUGAAUCUGAUAAAGAAACAAAAGAACCUCAUGAUAAUUAUUUAUCGGAUGUUUCUGAUGAAGACUCAAUGGACAAUAUAAAUGAUGAUAAUGCUUCCCAAAAAAGUGCAAAAGAAUGGAAAAGUGAUAAUGAUACUCAUUCUCCUUCGAAAGAAAUUGUUAUUCCAGUUAAUGGUCAUAACAAUGUGGAUGCUAAGAUUGAGCCUAAUGUAGUUAAUGACCCUGAAGAACCUUUAGACUUCGAAGCUGAAGAUGGAGAAGAUGGGGAAUGCGAUGAACCAAAGCCAGUUAAAGACGAGACUGAGGUUGAAGAAGAAAAAGAACCUGAAGAACUCGAAGAAGGUGAAGUUUCUGAUGAAGGUGAACAUCGGCCAGAAGAGACAGAACCCAGGCCGAUAUGUCGAUUUUACUCGAGAGGUCAAUGUACAUGGGGUGCAAGCUGUCGAUUUUUACAUCCGGGCGUUGCUGACAAAGGCAAUUAUUCAAUGUUUGAAAUGGUACGCCCAAUACCACCACCUGGUAGUUUACCAUCGUUUUAUCCAAAUGAUUCUUAUCGAACACAUGAAAGAACUUUGAUUCCUGGAGGUCCGAUUGCACCAAUAAAAAAAGAUGAUAUACCACCUGUUGAAACUGCUUGGGAAAGAGGAUUACGUCAAGCUAAAGAGAUACUUAAAAAGUCUAAUAAAAAAAAAGAAACUGAUAUUGACUUUGAAGAAAAAAAAAUGAACUUAACAUCAAAUCAAGAAGAAGUAGAAAAAGAAAAUGAUUACUAUGCGCAGCGUCCAACAAGUCCAACUGCUUCACCUGCACUAAGCCCUCCUAUAGAAAGAUUCAAACCUGAUUUAGAAGCUCGGCAUCAUAGGGGUCCUCUUCCAGAUGCUUAUGUGGAUGAAUUUAUGCCACCACAAGUAGAUUUUUACCAUCAUCGACCAGAAUUUUGGCCUCCCCAUCAUGGUCGUCCUUUACCACAUUUUCCUCCUGGACAUCCAAUUGAUUUUCAUGCUCCUCCACGAAGAAAUCCAUAUUAUCCAUAUCCACCACCUGAACCUUAUUAUCAUCCAGGUUUGAAACCUCACCAUCGAGGUUUGCCUCCUAAGUACCCUCCUAAUAGAGAAGUAAUAAUGCAGCGCUCUGAAAAAUCAUACAGUCCUCAACCUUCUGGUCAUCGUAAUAGAAGAGAUAGGUCAUCAAGUCGACCACGAAGAGGAGAUGAUUGGUCUGAUCCAUGGAUGAGAUCUAAAUCACCUGGAGGUCGAUCUAAACUUAGAGGAAGAAAGAAGUCUUAUUCUUCUCAUUCUUCAUUCUCAUCAUCGAGUAAUGUUAACAGAUCCAGCAGUAGUUCAAGUAACUCAAGUUAUAGCUCACGUAGUCGUUCAAGAGGUAGAUCUAAUUCAAUUACAAAAAAUAGGAAGAAAGCACCUCCAUUGUCAUUUAAAACAUCUCCUGGUCGUAAAACUAGUAGAAAGCCAGAGAGAAAUCCUUCUCCAGAUGCAUUUGACAAAAAACCAAUGAGUCGAUCAAUGAAUCCCCCAGUGCCAACUAAUAGAUGGUCUGUUUCUCCAACUAAUACACCAGCUUCUAUACAGCCUGUACAGAGAGCCAGACAAAUGCCAAUGCCACCUAGGUUUGCAGUAAAUAAAUCAAGCGGAGUUAAGUCUCCAGCUACUACUCAUACCUCUUCAUCUUCAUCAAGCAGUGAAUCAGCCUCUGGAUCAGGUUCUUCAGAAUCUUCUGACUCGAGUGGUUCAGAAUCUUCAUCUGAAGGAGGAAGUCCAAAACAAAAAAAACUAGGAUUGUCUCCCAAUAAAUUGCUUAAAAAAAAAAUGCAGAAAGCAGAAAUGAAAUUAAAUAAGAAGAAAAUGGCAGCUCCAAUCGUCCCUCCAGUUAAAAAAGAAAAAUCAAUUUCUCAAGGAAAAAAGAGAUCAUUAGAAUCCGAUAAUGAUGAUACUAAAAGUUCUUCUCCUCCAAGAAAGAAAGGAGGAGCAGCACCAUCAAGACGAGAAGAGUUGUUAAAACAACUGAAGGCUGUAGAAGAUGCCAUUGCUCGGAAAAAGUCCAAAGUAGCAUUGUAAAUAAUUUAACUUAUUUAAACAAUAUUAAUUCUCGACUUAAUAGUUGAUAAUUCUAUAUUAUGUAUAUAGUUUUAAGUACAUUAGUAUUUUAACAUUAAAUGAUUUUUAUCUCAUAUACAUAUAAUUUAAAAAAACAAAAUAUUUUAAUCUUAAAUUAUGUUGUAUGUGAGAUUGUCAAUUUUUUUUAUAUAUAAAUAUAUAUGACAAUAUUAAUGAUAUAAUUAAAAAAAAUUUGAAAAAAAUGAAUGAUUUGAGUGUUUUAAGUCGAGGUUACAUUCCAAAUGCUCUUCUCCAUAUUAAUAAUUUGAGUUCAAUCGGAGAAUCUAAGUUUUAAAUAUUUGUGUUUCUAAAAUUAGAAUAUAUACUCGACUUAUAUGUUUAUCUUAAAUGUAUUUUAUUUUAUAAUUGUUGUUCUUUUAUUGACAAAUUGAAAUGUUGAAUUAUUUAAAUGUACAACAAAACUGUUAAUUGGUAAAACUGAAAUAUAUCUUAUAAUUUCUAA